UUAACAAGACGAUCAGUAGCAAAAGAAAGAAACAUAUAUUUUAUUAACAACAAAAUCUCUCUCUAUUAUUUUCUAAUAUUCCUUUGGCUCACGCUUCUCUCGUUACUUGCUACUGCUACUGCUGCUUUUCUUAUCACUGAGUGAGAUCCCUCUCUUUCUCUCUCUAAAACAACCGUCUAAUCAGAGAGAAAUGGUGUAUUACGCAAUAUCAGGAAUACGUCUUUCCUCUGUUAUUUUCAAAUCUCAAUCAACCGGCUCCCAUGGCACCACCACCACUGAUCGUAUCACCACCUCCGGUCUCUCUUUCUUUUUGAAGAAACAGCCGUUUUCUCGGAAGAUCUUUGCUGAAAAGUCCCUCUCUUAUAAUUCUGAUUCCUCGAAUAUAACAGUCGCUGCUGCGUCCGAGAAAAUUCUUGUUCCAGGUGGUGAGACUUAUGAUGACUCUUCUUCUUCUCCUUCUCCAAAAGAUCAAUUAGUGACUAACGACGCCGUUUCAGAAGAAGAACCUCAGGUGCCUAAUGAUGUAGAUACACCCACAAUGGAGGACAGUGAAGAUGUCAAGGAUGAAGUGGAACAAGAAAAACCUGCUUCUUUGCAUAAGACAGUCAACAUUGGAAAAAGUGAAUCUAAACCAAGGUCCAUUCCUCCACCUGGUCGUGGACAGAGAAUAUAUGAAAUAGAUCCAAGCUUGACCAGUUUCCAUCAGCAUCUCGAUUACAGGUAUUCGCAGUACAAAAGAUUGCGUGAAGAAAUUGACAAAUUUGAAGGUGGUUUGGAUGCUUUUUCUCGUGGCUAUGAAAAGUUUGGUUUCACGCGCAGUGAAACAGGUAUCACUUAUAGGGAAUGGGCACCAGGAGCUACGUGGGCUGCACUGAUAGGAGAUUUUAACAACUGGAAUCCCAAUGCAGACGUUAUGACUCGGAAUGAAUUUGGUGUCUGGGAGAUCUUUUUGCCAAAUAAUGCAGAUGGUUCACCACCAAUUCCCCAUGGUUCUCGAGUGAAGAUACGCAUGGAUACUCCAUCUGGCAUCAAAGAUUCUAUUCCGGCAUGGAUUAAAUUCUCAGUGCAGGCACCGGGUGAAAUCCCAUAUAAUGGCAUAUACUAUGAUCCACCGGAGGAGGAAAAGUACGUGUUCAAACAUUCUCAGCCAAAGAGGCCAAAAUCACUCAGGAUUUAUGAAUCACAUGUUGGAAUGAGUAGUACGGAACCAAUUAUUAACACGUAUGCCAAUUUUAGAGAUGAUGUGCUUCCUCGCAUCAAAAGGCUUGGUUAUAAUACGGUCCAGAUCAUGGCUAUUCAAGAGCAUUCAUAUUAUGCUAGUUUUGGGUACCAUGUAACUAAUUUUUUCGCACCUAGCAGCCGGUUUGGAACUCCUGAUGACCUGAAGUCUCUGAUAGAUAAAGCUCAUGAGUUAGAUCUGCUUGUUCUCAUGGAUAUUGUUCAUAGCCAUUCAUCAAAUAAUACGUUGGAUGGCCUGAACAUGUUUGAUGGUACUGAUGGUCACUACUUUCACUCUGGAUCACGGGGUUAUCAUUGGAUGUGGGACUCUCGCCUUUUCAACUAUGGAAGCUGGGAAGUACUAAGGUUUCUUCUUUCAAAUGCUCGAUGGUGGCUGGAUGAGUAUAAGUUUGAUGGGUUCAGAUUUGAUGGAGUGACUUCAAUGAUGUACACUCACCAUGGAUUAGAGGUAGCUUUUACUGGCAACUAUAAUGAGUACUUUGGGUUUGCAACCGAUGUAGAUGCUGUGGUUUACUUGAUGCUUGUCAAUGAUAUGAUUCACGGUCUAUUCCCUGAGGCUGUCACCAUUGGUGAAGAUGUUAGUGGAAUGCCAACAUUUUGCAUCCCUGUUGAAGAUGGCGGUGUUGGGUUUAAUUACCGUCUCCACAUGGCCAUUGCCGAUAAAUGGAUUGAGUUGCUCCAGUUGAAGGAUGAAGACUGGAAAAUGGGUGACAUUGUGCAUACACUUACCAAUAGAAGGUGGAUGGAAAAUUGUGUUGCCUAUGCUGAAAGUCAUGACCAAGCUCUUGUCGGUGACAAAACCAUUGCCUUUUGGUUGAUGGACAAGGAUAUGUACGACUUCAUGUCUCUUGAUAGACCAUCUACUCCUCUCAUUGAUCGUGGAAUAGCAUUGCAUAAAAUGAUCAGGCUUGCUACCAUGGGAUUAGGUGGAGAAGGAUAUUUGAAUUUUAUGGGAAAUGAAUUUGGGCAUCCUGAGUGGAUUGAUUUUCCAAGAGGUGAUCAACAUCUUCCUAGCGGAAAAAUAAUUCCGGGGAACAAUUUCAGUUAUGAUAAAUGCCGGCGUAGAUUUGAUCUAGGGGAUGCAGACUAUCUAAGAUAUCAUGGAAUGCAAGAAUUUGAUCAGGCAAUGCAGCAUCUUGAAGAAGCCUAUGGUUUCAUGACUUCUGAGCACCAAUAUAUAUCACGGAAGGAUGAAGGGGAUCAUAUCAUUGUCUUCGAGAGGGGCAACCUUGUUUUUGUCUUCAAUUUUCAUUGGAAUAACAGCUAUUCGGAUUACCGAGUUGGCUGCUUAAAGCCUGGAAAGUACAAGAUUGUCUUAGAUUCAGAUAAUUCCUUGUUUGGAGGCUUCAGCAGGAUUAAUCAUAGUGCCGAGUACUUCAGCUUUGAAGGGUGGUAUGAUAACCGGCCUCGAUCCUUCUUGGUGUAUGCACCAAGUAGAACAGCAGUGGUCUAUGCUUUAGUGGAGGAUGAAAAAGAACAUUUACAGGACGACGACGACAACAAAAACAACAACAACGAGCAUGAGGAACCUGUCAAUGGCUGAGAUAAAUUGUAACAACAGGUCCUUCUAAAGCAGGAACAGCAGUAAUGAUAUUGCCUUGAAGAGAAUAUAUUUGCGGCUGUCAUUGCGGUCCUUGCAGAUUUUACAAAUUGCCAGUUGGCAUUUUGCCACCUUAGACAGCGUAAUCAAGAGCAACAGGGAAAGGACGAGAUGCCUGCCUAAUUGCAAAACCAUGUGGAUCAUACAGCACGUUCCCUGUGGCAUCCUGUAAAUGUUUUUUUUAAACUAUUUGGCAACCUAAGCUAUGGUCACUGUGAAUGCUAACUAGAAAUUUUUGUGUAUAGACACCAUGUAAGAUAUUGGUGCAUCAAAUAAGUUGCAAACUUCUCUAAUGUUUUUAUGAGAACGGGAUAAGCCACUAAUUCUCUCAAUAUGAAAUGGUGGAUUGAGUUGGUGCUGCCUGGUAAGCACAAUUCAAAUCUCAUAAAUUGUAUUC